AAUUAGCAAGCUGAUGGCUAGCGGACUGAUCUAUCUGUUGUUGUUUGUGGUUGUAGGCAGGAAUUAUAGUUUCAUUGUGAUUUCUAUAUGUAACGAAGAAUUAUAAUUUUUGUGAAUUUGGACAUCAAAUUACCCAUUGUAAUAGCAAUAUGUCACUUGAGUGGAAAAAAUAUAUUGAUGACCCACGACAAGUCUGCAAGUAUGGCGGGAAAUGUUAUCAAAAAAAUCCAGUUCAUCAUCAAAGUUUUAAACAUCCUCCAAAUCUAAACAAGGGCAGGGUUUCGCCGCGCUUCCAGCCCUAUAUGAGAAAACAGAAAGUAGCACAUGAUUCAUUCCAUAGUAAAGAUAAAGAGGCAGACAUGAUUCCAGAACAAAGUAAACGGAAAGAUGAUGAAGUUGGUAGCUCUACUUCUGAACUGAAAGUUGAUAAUGAAAAGUUUCCCAAGGAUCAUGUGCCCGUUUUGCCAGAAAAUAUAACAUUUUUAGAUGUAAGCAAGGAUAAUAGCGUUUUGAAAGAUUUAUUUUUAGUAGAAAUGCCAACAGAUUUCUUUAAAUUUUAUGAAAUGCUUGGUGACUCACUGUCUGCUAUUGAAAAAUCACUGUCGAGUGUUAACUUAGAAAUGAUCGGGCCUUUCGAUUUGCUUCUGGGCAAAUUGCCAAAACUAGACAACAAAAGUCUUUAUUUGAUUCAUUGGAGAUUUUUCUAUGAUCCUCCAGAAUUUCAGGCAGUAUUGAAAAGGAAAGGGAAAAGUGAAUUCCACAUAGGGUACUAUCGAGACAAUCCUGACCAGCAGCCGGUAUUUGUAGCCAGUAGCGAUAGCGCCAAGGACUGUCAUAUAACACCCAUUUCUGAUAAUUUAUUUGGAGCAGUGUAUCAGUACCUACAAAAGGAGAAAAAAUCAUCACCAUUUGUUUCAAUAGCAUGUGAGAAGCUAAUGGAGAAAAUUAAAAAAGCUGCAAGUGAUAAUGGCUACAGUUUAGAAGAAUAUAAUAUGAAAAAGAGAUGGGCGGUGGCUGUGACAAAAACAUUUCAUGGGGCUGGCAUUGUGGUGCCUGUUGAAAAGAAAACACAAGUGGGAUACAGGCAUUUGGUUGAAAAAGAUGGUAAAAUAAAGCAACUUUUCACCCAGUUAGAGAAUGCACAAUCUGAUUCUGACCGGGACAGAAUACUAUCAGAACUUCAACCAGUGAUAACAUAUGCAAACAUAGCUGUAGAUGAGUGUGACUUCGGUACUGGUCUAGAACUUGGCAUAGAUUUGUUCUGCUCUGGACUUAAAGUACUGGAGGGAAAUACCGUAUGCAGUUUAACAUCUGCUUAUUCCUUGCUAAAAAGAGAUGCUUUUGCUAAAAUUAUUGAGGUUCAUAUGAAGUACCGUAGACGAGGGUCGAAUAUGUCAAUACUGAAUUGGUGAAUAUUUAUUUGGUAUUUAAGUAUUUUUAUAAUGUUAAUUUAUUUACUAUAACAAUAUAAGUUCAAUAAAUUGUCUACUUAAUUUAUUUAA